AUGGGUGUAAUGUUAUCGGUUUUAGUGGCCGGAGUAGGCGCGAUGGAUCUGAUCUACUGUCUGGCGUUUGUCUCCAAUCAAGUGACUGGUGAGGAACCAUCCAAUGCGAUUGAAGAAGCCCCCAGUAAACAGCUGGACAGUCGGGAGCAAGGGCUUGAACAGUAUCGAGAAAACCUACGACAGCAAAUUAAAACCGCACCGAGGAGUAAUGUCGAAGGUGUAACAUAUGCGCAGGAUGGGGUCCCUUACAAGGACGGAUAUCGGCUGGAACCGGCCGAAGGUGCCGCCCAGCUGGAUGUGUUGAUCGAGAAGUUGCGCAUUCUCGAACGUCAGAGUCAGGAGAAGGAACAUCAGCUGGAACAGAUGAGUGUGCAGAUGAGUGAGCUUGAGCGGAACACGGCCGAGCAGAGCCUCAUCAUUGAGGAGCUUCGAUCGCGCUCGGUUAGCCGAGCGCACAGUGUUGAGCCGUCAGUCACCUAUCGCAACAACCUCUCACCGGCGGACGUUGUGCCGCAAAUCGUGCUGAAUGAACCGAACGAUAGUGGUGGUGGUGCCGAUGAACCACGGCCAAGUUCGAGCAAGUUCCGUCCGAUACGGCGGGACGAUGGGUUGCGCAGGUCAGUAAAGCGACGGUCCAUUACGUCGACCACCUCGUUGGAAGAUCGUGCCGAGGAACUGGAACGAUUGAGCCAGUUGGAGGAUGAAGAGAGCGCACAGAUGGACGAUUAUAUCCCGAUCGUGUAUAGCCGGGAUGAGGUUGAUCCUAUGAGCCGAAGGCACAACAUUAGUCCUAUCCCGGAGAGUUGUCAUCAUCAUGAAGACGACGAACGGCAAUGGGUACCGGAACGAUCGCCGGAGCCAACACUCGCCGCUAACACCACACGACCGUGGGGUGACAUCAAGCUGGAAGAGAUGAAGGAGAAGGCCGUGAUACGUCCUUCGAGAUCAAUGUCUAUCGAGGAGGAAGAUAUUGAACCGCCCGCAGUUCAACUGCACGUGAGUGAAUCGGCCCCAUCGAACCUAAGCUCCCAUUCCAACUCACCCGAUCGGGAUCGGGCCGGGGAGCCAACACUGCGACGCACAACGAAGGAAGCCGACCUGACGAGCCUGCUGCAGCAGGGAACAACGGAGAGCAAGGCAAGUAGUAGCCGUCCAUGGACGACCGAAAUCAUUGUGCAAGAAGACGAUGAAGCGAUGGAGGAAGACUAUGACUCUGACGGUGGUACUCCUGGCGGUACCCGGACGAUCCCACAGUUCAUGCAAUCCAAAUCCCCUUCGCCCUACGCAGACGGUCAAAGUUACGUUGCGCACGAACGGCAGCCACUCGCAGACAUCUCGAAUCGGCUUGUGCCGCUCGUUCCCACCGCUACAUCCGUAUCCUAUCCCUCCCGACCGCGGUCACCGACACCUUAUGACGAGCCCGGUUCUUCCCGCGAAUCAACCCCAACUUCCCUACCAUCGUCCCCGGAAAAGAUCCCGAAUGGUUUCGUAUCACGCGACAGUUCCAUCUCACCGCAUCCGUUGCAGCACGAGCGGCAAGAGCUGCCACGAACCGCCCCAUCUCCGUCACCAUCACCAUCGCCAUCGUCAGCACGGUCGUUCGAUGGAGAUCUCCGGCCCGGCAGCGCGUCUGCGUCGGUACGAGGAGUGACUCCGGUGAAUGAUGCUGGUAGGAAGCUGUCACCUCUGGCCACUCUCGAAGUGGACGCCGGCACAGAAGGUGACACCGAGGCUGAAAACGACCAGUUGCUAUCAGUGCCAAGAACACGGGGCGCCUCGUCGUCGCCAUCGCCCCGACGCAAGCACAAGGAACGUAAGCGUGUCGCUAGAAGUGUUACCCCGAUUGAUUAUGAUCAGACGUUUAUGGACAGUUUCACCGAUCAACAUCUGUCCGUUACACCGUCCGAGCUGGAAGACUACAUUAACAGUAAGGAAGCGAUCGAUUUCGUACCUCCGCCACUGGUGAAACCGCCCUACCUGUAUCCUACCGCACUUCCCAGCCUGGUGCUGACGGACGAGCUAGGAACCGAUGCUCAAUUUCACGAUGCAAUGUCAUCAAAGUCUUUCUACGGACAGAGCCAUCCACAUGAAGGUGUCACACUCAACCACAGGGUGAGCUACGUGGAAUGGAUCAAAAAGUUCCCCGACAAUCAAACGAGUCACUUGGCACUGGAGGACUUUGAUAGCGACGAUGAGGAGGUGGAAAACAUUAUCCGACAGGCCGGGGGCGACAAACCGUCCGCAUUGUUUCCCACUGAUGUGCCCAAGUCAGCUGGCAACUCACCGCAACCCUCAAAACCGGAACUCGCCGUGACUCCCAACGAUGUGGGUUCAAGAUCAUUGAACGUGGAUGGCAAUGAGUUCCCGGUGAAUUUGACUCCAGUUUACGCUACUCCAUCGCCAGUGUCGCUUGUAUCGGACCUAUCGGAUCUUUCCCAAAUCUCCUCCUCCUCGCAAGCUUCCUCUCAAGUUACCCAACCAUCCCAAACGCUUUCUUCUUCCCUUGCACUAGGAUCACCGCUAUUGAACAGUAAUACCACACACCAUAACACGUCAGAGCAUCAUUUUACACCGAUUGCUUCACCGAGCGAACAGACAAACGAGAGUAGCUCACCACUUUCGUCAUUACAAUCGCCAAAACCGACAUCACAGACUAACGCACUAUUGCGACCGAGCCUUACCGUCCCAAUCGUUGCAUCCCGGACACCGUCGGUAUCACCUUUGCCGCUGGACAUUUCGCCCGAGGAGCUAGUGUUUGAAAUCGGUCAUCUUGACGGGCUGAUCUUUGAAGCAAAAAGUCGCGAACCAACACCGUCAAGAACGCCGAGUCGUAACGAACAACUGUCACUGCUUAGUCCGGAUGAGCUGGCAUUCGAUAUAGGCAACAUGGGCGGGCUGAUCCUUGGGCCACCGAGUCACAGUGUUUCUCCAGCACCUCCUACACCUCACCCAUCGCUAGACUCUUCUGCCUCCUUAUCGCCCACUUCAUGGGAUGGUGGUGAGCAGCAGAAUGCUGCAGUCCAUCCAGCGGUAGUACGCAACGAAACACGAACCAACGAAUAA